AUGAUGACCGGAUACGGUUACAACUCGAACCUGGUUCAGCCACUUCAAGGGUAAGAAGGGAACUGAAAACUGGGAAAGCUCAUCACCUCAAUUUCUUUACAGAGUGGACCAAACCUGGAGUCAACAGCCCGACCAGUCGCAGUACUUCACUGGAAGUGGUGUCGCCGAUUUGUCUAACCCAUACAAUUACGGGUCUAUGGGUGGAUGGUACCAGGCGCCAUGCUACAACUCGGUUCCCCCGCCACCCGGUCUCACACUCCAUCCUGACCAGCAACAACCGAAUCUGACGGCUCCGCAACAACUGCAAAUGUUGUUUCCGACUCUGGCGCCACCACAAUCGUCGCAGCCGAGAGUUUCGAUAUCGGACGAGGAACUGUAUCAAGCGCUCAAUAUGUCACCGCUUCCGACGACCUCAACCAACGUCGGAUAUCAUCAUUCGCAUCUUCAGCAGCAGCAGCAGCUUCAACAUCAGCAUCUUCAACAGCAUCCAACAGGUUUGUGGCACUUUUCGAAUGAGAUUGAAGAUGAAACGGACAGUAGCAAGGUCAUCAAAGCUUUUGCAGACUAUCUCUCGUCGGAGGCUUGCUACCCGUCGACGUCAAGCUACGACUCAUCGGUGUAUCACGAUCAGUCAUGCUACAUGCCGGCACCGUCAACGGCUCCACCAGAGGAUCCGCAUCAUUAUCAGCAUGCACACGAUGGGGACGAUGAAGAGAGUUACGGAGAGCCUGAAAGAUAUGAGACCAUGUCGCCGACAUUCUCGAUUCACUCAUUUGCUCCGACAACUUCAACCAACACCGCGGAAGCUGAAGAUUUAGAGGUAAUUUUGUAGUUUUCAUCAAGCUUCACAUCAAACUUUGAUGAUGACGUGCUUACUUGGCAGCGCGCCAAGAAUUGGGGGGAGACGCGUGCUUGUUUACCCAGCUUGCCCGUCGCCGCCCGCUCUCGCGGCGCCAACUAAUAUUGUGUUGUUGUCAUUCCGAAAGAAGCGAGUGAGAAGAAGAGGAUGCCACGGGCGCGCUGGGGGCAAAAACGUUUUUGCGUGUCUUGCUUCUCUCCUGCAGUUUAGUUUAGUUAUUCUCCUUGUACCACCACUGUCCCAGUCCCGCGCCCGGGUGGUAAACAAGGGGGCUCGCCCCGCGUGCCUAGUCACCGACUGAUAGAUACAACAACAAAAAUAGAAUGCUCUCUCUCUCUCUCGAGCUUCCUCGCCUUAUUUUCCGGAACGUGACCGCCGAGAAAGGGAGUCGAAAGAAGAAGAAAGAGGGGUCUGAGUUGCUAGCAGCCCGCGUGCAUCUGUUCAGUUUAACUGACCAACAGCUGAGCCCCAUGUCCUCAGAAGCUCUCUAGUGCUAUGGAUAUUGAAGAAAAUUGAUACGCGGAAAAGAAAAUGAAAGGGAUUGAAGAAAACGAAUUAUUCUUACAGGUCGAGCUCAUCAAUCACGCAAAAGCAGCGCCGCGGUACCAGAAGCCCGACGACAUCGACAUCUUCCUGCACACCGGGUCUACUGAUGAUACCGAGUACAAUGAGGACGAAGACUCCAGGGUUAGUGAUGACGUCAUUGGCAACAGAAAGAACAGCGAGAGAAUUUCCUCUCCGAGAGAUGACCUCUACCUGGUAGAAUGGCUUGGACGCGUAAAGGGCCACACACUCUCACACACAUACACAAACCUCUCGCACCCCUCCACACACAGACACGCACACUCAUCCUUUUGGUGGACUCUGGCCCAAUCUAUUGAUCGAUUCAAUUCACGCACACGUAUCAAAAUUUGGAGUGUAUGCAGCCGCCGCGUUGCUCGUUUCAUAUCACUUCUUUCUCACUCUCUCACUGACUUUUUUUCAUUUUGAGUGUCGAACUUUCUAGCAGUACUCGCUGGCGGUUGACACGUCGACAUAGAUGUCUUCCUCUUUUUUUAUCCCACUGUUCUCCUCAUUUUUUGUUGUGUGGACGGUUGAAAGAAGACUCAUCUGAAAGUGAUGUUCUUCCUACCCACGCAUGGAACACUGGUAGCACCCACGAGCUCAAAGAUCUAGAAAAAAAGAAAAUUGAUACUCUCUGACGGGAACUGUCAAUAGCCGAGUAGGGAUUGCGGCAAGUUCCGCUCUCUUUUUUGCUUUUUCGCACCCCAACAAUAGUGCUUAGCUAAAAGACCGGUGAGCACUUUGCCAUUGUGUUCUGAGACCGUGUACUUGCCAACACGCGCGCUUUUGAGAGAGUUGAUGCCUGGAAACGAACUGUUGAAUAUGUACUUUCCCUCGCCAUAUGUUUAUUAUGCGUUUUUUCUCAAGCUCAAAUUAACUUUUUUUCAGCCAACAACGACGUACUCGCAUCGUAGUACAAAGGCGCCGUCCCCGCCGGCUUCUCGUCCCGCCUACGCUCAGAAGCUCACCGCGGCGGCUCAUCAGCAUCAGCAGAAGCCCGAGCAACAGUGUGUCAUCGCGGACGCCUCGAAGACUGCGCCUUUGUUCCUUCAGACAACGGCGCCGGAACCAGCAGGGUUCACACCUUGUAAGUGAAACGAAAUUCUUGACACUCGAAUAUUUCAUCUUUUUCAGUGCUUACACCGAAUUCGGACGCGUUGCUCCAGAAGAAGUUGAGCGAAGUCGUCAACAACCCGCCUCAACGGCUACACGGUCACGCCGCGUUCCCGGUGUAUCCACAGCAGCCGCAGGCGACACGAUUUAUCGACCAACAUCAAUAUCAGGAGUCGUUUGUUGAUUACAAUCCAAUCAGCCAGGUUCCGCUCUCUGACGAUUACUACCCAUCGUCGCCUCUUAACCCCAGAUACGGUAAGUAUUAGCUCAGGUCUUUAGAAUAUUCAAGAGUUAUUUUUCAGACUACGCAACACAAGUGGACCACGACAUCCUGCCACUGCUACUAGACAGCUUCAAACCACUGCCAGCACCUCAAUUCCCAACCGUUCCAAUCGCGGUUCCUAUUUCGGUACCGGAACGUUUGACUUCGACAACGAAGCUUCCUGCUCAAGCAACACUUGCUCCGCCAGCAGCUCCAGUAAAAGCUCCGCGUCUGUCCGAUCAGGAGCUUGACUCGCAAAGUCAGAAACUUGCCAUCGACGUUAUCUCUAAUCUGUUCACAUCGAAAAAAGAGAUCAUCGACCGUGCUGCUGUGAUCAACGCGCCGAAGAAGCCAGUGGCAAGAAACCUGUUCUGCAACGACCCAAUCAGUUUGCAAAAGGCAAAGUCUGACGAGCCGAUCAAAAUGAACGUGAUUGACGACUGGGAAACUGCCGACGAUGAUGACUUGACGGAAAGAAUGGAGAAUCUGAUGAAGGACAUCAAGAAAGAAAAAAAGAAGCUUGUGUCAGCGGCAAUCGCAGCGCAGCCAGCUGUGGUUCCGACAACUUCAAAAACUUCCGACUGGGAUACCAGCUUCCUGCAACACGUGCUGGAAAUCUUCGGAGUUCCCGACUACAAGAUGCAGGAAGAUGUCGUCAAAGCUAUGGAAACUAUAGGAUUUGGAGACUGCAAAGUGAUGUGGAUGGAGCGGAAGGUCGUGUUCGCCGUCUUCGAAAGUGUCGCGAGGGCAAAGAACUGCCUGACACUGGCUAGACACGACUGGCUGCGCUUCCGUAGUCUCGCCGACUCGCCGAAGCCAGUGCAGGAUUUUGCGAAGACAAGUGCGAAUAGUCUGAGUAUGCCAAAGUGAGUUUUCUGAAAAUUAAAAACCUGAGAACCCUCAGAGUUGACGUGUCUCUCCGAAUUGUCUUCUAUUGCAACAUUCACUGUCCGGUUUCCAACUCUCCGAACUGCCCAUGAACAGAACAGCGCGCAGUCAAAUUCUGGCCAUGGCCUAGAAAAUUCCUCGGUCAUGUAAUCUUUUGUGGAGUUUGUGCGCAAUAGAAAACGUGUUAGACAGACACAUAAACACUGAGGGUUCCCUGGUCUCUUACGAAUCACUGGGAUGAGAUCUUCAUUUCGAGUAGUUUCAACAACAAAUAUCUUCAAAUUUCAGAAAAAAACAGCAAACAACUGCCACUGUGGCCCGUCGAAUGGUGGAGAAUGCGCUGGGAAAGAAGGCCACCGUAUCGAACGAAAAGCGUCAAGAGGAACGGAACCAACUAGCCGCUGCUCGUGCCGCCAAGAAGAACACAGUUCAAUGGGACUGA